AUGGCAGAGAAAGAGGCCACCGUGUACAUUGUGGACGUGGGGAAGUCUAUGGGCGAGAGCCAUCAUGGCCGCCCAGUGACUGACCUGGACUGGGCGAUGCGGUAUGUUUGGGACAGGAUCACUACGACGAUUGCCACUGGUCGGAAGACGGCUACGCUGGGGUUGGUCGCUCUGAGGACAGAUGAUACCGCGAAUGAUCUCGAAGACGACCCCAAUUUCGCGAACAUCUCCGUACUUCUGGGUCUCGGUCAGGCCCUGAUGCCCGAUGUCCGGAAGCUGCGCGAGUCGAUCAAACCCAGUCAUACUAACAAGGGCGAUGCGGUCUCUUCGAUUGUCAUCGCCAUACAGAUGAUCAUCACCUUCUGCAAGAAGCUCAAGUACAAACGGAAAAUUGUGCUUGUGACCAAUGGCUCUGGGGCGAUGAGCGGUGACGGCCUCGAUCAGAUCACGAAGAAGAUCAAAGAGGAUAACAUUGACCUCGUAAUCAUCGGAGCGGAUUUCGAUGACCCAGAGUACGGGAUAAAGGAGGAAGACAAAGAUUCUCGAAAGGCUGAAAAUGAAGCCCUGCUUCGUGAACUUGCGGAAGACUGCGAGGGCGUCUUCGGCACCCUUCAGCAAGCCAUCACCGAACUGGACGUUCCUCGUAUCAAAGUCACAAAGAGCAUGCCAUCUUUUAAGGGAUUUCUCCAACUCGGCAACUCAAACGAUUAUGAUACGGCCGUGCGAAUACCAGUUGAACGGUACUUCCGGACCUAUGUCGCCAAGCCACCCUCUGCAAGCUCGUUCGUGCUGCGCUCUGGCGCUGGUGCAGGUCAGGAAGAGUCUGGAAGCUCUGCUACCGUAACAGCUCCUGGAGCCAGUCAAUUCCCAGAUGAAGAAAACACACUCACCGCUGUGAGAAUGUCACGAACAUAUCAGAUCAAAGAUGAGUCUGCACCAGGAGGCAAGGGGGAUGUCGAGCGAGAUGAUCUUGCAAAAGGGUACGAGUACGGACGCACGGCGGUACACAUCAGUCAGAUCGACGAGAACAUCACAACCCUGGAGACAUUUGCAGGAUUGGAGCUUAUCGGAUUUAUCCAGAGCGACAAGUAUGACCGCUACCUGCACAUGUCCAACACCAACGUGAUUAUUCCACAGCGGGCAAACGACAAAGCCGCUCUUGCACUAUCCUCUUUCAUCCACGCGCUUUUCGAGGUUGAAUCGUACGCAGUGGCUCGACUGGUAACCAAAGAAGCCAAGCCCCCGCUCAUGGUCCUGCUCGCCCCUUCAAUCGAGCCAGAAUAUGAGUGCCUCAUUGAAACACAGCUUCCCUUUGCAGAGGAUGUCCGAUCAUAUCGAUUCCCUCCCUUGGACAAAGUGGUCACCGUCUCCGGCAAGGUAGUUACCGAGCACCGGAAUCUCCCAAGCAACAGCUUGCAGGAUGCCAUGAGCAAAUACGUCGAAAGCAUGGAUCUGAAAUACAAAAAUGAUGACGGGUGGGUUUUCCUUUUUGAGAUUUAUUCGAAAAUCACUUCACUGACACUUAAGAAAAGAGAGCUAGUUGACACACUUCCAAUUGAGGACUCUUACUCGCCACUCCUGCACCGCAUCGAAUCGGCAGUGCGGCACCGCGCUGUAUAUCCCAAAGAUCCCGUUCUUGACCCAUCAGACCGAUUGACCAAGUUCGCCGAGCCGGCUGAAGAGAUGGUGAAAAAGUCGCAGCCAUACCUCAAGAAACUGAUGGCCGUGGCAGAUGUGAAGAAGGUUCCUCCAAAAAAAAAAGGCCGCAAACGCCAACGCGAAGCCGAAAAGCCUCUCUCCGGGCUGGAUGUCGACGCCCUGCUCAACCAAGAACCUAAACGGGCCAAACUAUCUCCCGAGAACGCAAUUCCAGAAUUCAAACAACUUCUUUCCCGCGCAGACAGCGUCGAGACCAUUCUCGAUGCCGUAAAACAGAUGGCCGGUAUUAUCGAGAACCUGAUCCGGCACAGUCUUGGCGAUGCCAACUACAACCGUGUCAUCGAGGGUCUUGGGACGAUGCGUGAUGAGCUCGUUGACUACGAGGAGCCUGCGGCGUACAACGACUUCCUGCGGAAGCUGAAGGAGAAGAUGUUGAGUGAGGAGCUAGGUGGGGACCGGAAGGAGUUGUGGUGGCUAAUGCGGAGGAAUAAGCUGGGUCUGAUUGAUAAGGAGAGGUCGGAGAGGUCGGAGGUUGAAGCCGACGAGGCCAAAGAGUUCUUGUCGUCCUCCGAGUGA